AUCUAAAACAUGUUUUUUCUUUCUGAAACGUGUGUUCUUUCUCCAAGGUUAAAACCAUUGCUUCCACAAUGGCUAGCUACAGUCCUAAAAGAAUGCGCUUUCAUGAUGAAUCAUCGGUUUCACAUAACCGUGCCUCUGCAAUUACCUGCGCAGAAUCACCACUGACAACAGAUAUGGCCAUCAUGGUGCAAACAAAGCAAAUAAUGGAAGGUGUAAAUAUUCAAAUUCAAGCCGUAAAAAACAUUGACCAGCCCAUGACUACAUUAAAAUCCUACAUAGUAGAUGUCAUUUCAAAGAUGGAUCAGAUAGAUAAAGACAACAGAAGGAAAGCAACAAUAGGGAUAUUUGGACAAUCAGGACAUGGAAAGAGCUCCCUAAUAAAUGCAAUCCUGGGAGAAGAGGAUCUACUGCCACCUGGUAGUUUAGGUGCCUGUACAGCUGUUGUUACUCAGGUGGAAGCCAAUCUGGAUGACUCCAACUACACAGCAGAGAUCGAACUCUACUCUAAAGAGGAGUGGGACAAAAUGCUCCAAGUACUUUUCAGAGUUUUGUCAGAUGACAGUGAGGAUAGGGAUGAUGAAAUGUUUGAAAGUGCUAAAGAAAAGAUUACUGCAGUGUAUGGAGAAGAUGCAGAUAAGAAAAAAUUUGAAGAACUUAAAAAAGAUGAGAAAUUUGCUGAAAUCAUCAACUUUUUGUCUGACAGUGAAAAAAUCAUCUCAAAAAGAGAAAGAUCUGACUUUGUCAAUGAAGUUGCAUGUUUCAUACAAUAUAGUGUGGCAAGUCCCGGUGGCUGGUACUGGCCACUUGUAAAGAGUGUGAAAAUCAAGAUUCCAAACUGUGAUGAACUUUUGAAACACAUUGUCCUUCUUGAUCUUCCUGGGAUUGGAGAUUGCAAUAAGACUAGAGAAGACCUGUGGAAAUCUAAACUGAGAGAGUGCUCUUCUGUGUGGAUUGUAAGUGAUAUCAGUCGAGCAAUCACUGACAAAGAUCCCUGGGGGAUAUUAAAGCACUGCAUUCAGGACUUGGGACCAGGAGGAGAAUGUAAAAACAUUAGCUUCAUCUGUACAAAGACUGAUGAUAUCAAUCCAGGAGCCUAUAUGAGAUCUUCACGGCUGACUAAAGAUGAAAUAGGAAACAAGGAUCAGACAGCAGUGUGCAUACUUCACAGAAACAAAACCACUAAGGAAUCAGUAAAAAAAAAAUUUGAAAGUUUGAAUCCUGGAACCAAA